ACCAAACCCCAAACCUCAUACUAAACUGAAAAAAAAAAAAGGGUAACAAGAAACCUCAUGCUGUGUUCGUCCCCUUCCCAAGUCAAAGCCACAUAACUCCAAUGCUAAACCUUGCAAAACUCUUUCACCACAAAGGCUUCCACAUAACGUUUGUCAACACAGAAUACAACCAUAGAUGUCUCCUUAGAACUCGAGGUCCCAACUCUUUGGAUGGCUUGCCUGACUUUCACUUCAGAGCCAUUCCCGAUGGACUCCCAUCGUGCGAUAGUAAGGCUACCCAAGGACGAAAUAUUCCUUCACUCUUCUAUUCCACCUCCCGCAAUUGCUUAGCCCCACUCUGCAGUGUCAUUUCGGAGAUCAACUCGAGUGGUGGCGUUAUUCCACCGGUCUCGUGCAUUGUUGGCGAUGGGCUCAUGACUUUCACCGUGUUUGCUGCCCGUCAAUUUGGGAUUCCCAUUGCUACGUUUUGGACUGCUAGUGCUUGUGGGUGCCUUGGAUAUAUGCAGUAUGCAAAACUUGUUGAACAUGGCUUGCUGCCUUUUAAAGAUGAUAACUUCAUGACAAAUGGAGAUUUAGAAACAACAAUUGAAUGGAUCCCACCAGUGCAAAAAGAAAUUAGUUUGAAAUAUAUCCCAAGCUCCAUUAGAACAACCGACAAAAACAACCCAGUACUCAACUUUUUCAUCCAACAAUUUGAAAUACUCCCCAAAGCCAAUGUAAUAAUAAUGAACACAUUUGAUUCUUUAGAACACCAAGUUUUGGAAGCACUUUCCUCAAGGCUCCCUCCCAUUUACCCAAUUGGUCCAAUCAACUUAUUAGUUGCUGAGUCAAUCCAAGAUGCGAAACUCAAGGACAUCGGUUUAGAUCUAUGGGACGUGCAAUCAGAAUGCAUGAAAUGGCUUGAUUCACAACAACCCAACUCAGUAGUUUACGUCAGCUUUGGAAGUGUAAAUGUGAUGUCCCCUCAACACUUGGUUGAAUUUGCGUGGGGACUUGCCAACAGUGAGAAGCCAUUCUUGUGGAUCGUAAGGCCUAAUCUAGUGGGAGGAGAGACAAUAUCGUUGCCGGCGGAGUUUGCAGCGGAGACGGAAGGAAGAGGAAUGUUUGUGAAGUGGUGCAAUCAAGAAGAGGUUUUGAAGCAUCCUUCGGUUGGAGGGUUUUUGACGCACAGUGGAUGGAACUCGACGAUGGAGAGUAUUGUGGGAGGAGUGGCGAUGUUAUCGUGGCCGUGCUUUGCAGAACAACCUAUGAACAGUUAUUAUUGUAAGACAGAGUGGGGGAAUGGGUUGGAGAUUGGGAGUGAUGUGAAGAGGGAGGAAGUGGAGAAGCUUGUGAGAGUUUUGAUGGGAGAUGGAGAAAAGGGUGAAGACAUCAGAAGAAAUGCGAGAGAGUGGAAGACAAAGGCUGAAGAGGCUUGUAAGUUUGGUGGGUCAUCAUCUACAAAUUUGGAUCGACUCAUUUCUGAAAUGCUUAUAGAGAUUAAUUCCCAUGCAAAAGUAAGUUUCUAAAUCCCUAUUGUUUGUAUUUUACAAUGAUGUGAUGAGCUAAUUGUCACUAAAACUCUACAUUUAGCAGUUGUUGAAUCACAUAUGCAAAUGUUCUUAAGUGGUGUGGAGCCUAAAACUUUGUUUUUCAUAUAUGCAUAUUUAUAUGUAGACAUAAUUAUAUGCAUAUAUCCAUCUCUGUUUGAUUCUAUAUGAAUUGGAUUCAAUUCAUAUGAAUUUAAUAUUUGAAACUUAUUCAAAUAUAUAUCUUAAUUUGGGUA